UCAUAAAUUCGCUUUGAGGUUAGAAAAUAACCUAUAAAUUUAUAAAACAUAUCUGAUGGUUGUAACAAAUAUAAUCCGGAGAAAUAUGUCGCAUAAUGUUGUUGCUAAACUUAUCAACAAUGCAGAAACAGCCGAAAAAAAGCUAGCGGAACUGCGGAGCAAGGUUAUAAAAGACCUAGAUGAAAUAAAAAGGUUUAAGCUUGAAGAAAAAAUCAGAGAUCUCAGUAAAGAAAAUGACAUACUCGCUAUUAAAGUUGAAAAUGCCAAGGCUGAACUUAUCCGCCUUGAAACUUUGAAAGGAAUUAAACAAUAUUCUAUACCUGGCAAAACUACCUCUGCAAUAAACAAUAAUGAAGCCGCACCGAUCAAAACUGAGAUCCAAGAAAAGCCAGUAAUCAACAAAAAGGAAAAGAAAGAAAAAGAUGUUAAAAAAACUAAAGAGAAGUCAAGUGAUACUAACACAAUUGAUACUGUGGAUGUGAGAAAAUUAGAUUUUAGAAUUGGUAAAAUUAUCGAAAUCAGUAAACACCCUGAUGCUGAUUCCCUUUAUGUGGAGAAAAUUGAUUGUGGGGAAGCAAACCCACGAACUGUUGUCUCGGGACUUGUGAAUCAUGUUCCAAUUGACCAAAUGAGAGAUAAAAUUGUGAUGGUGUUGUGCAAUCUGAAACCUGUCAAGAUGAGGGGAGUUACAUCAGAAGCUAUGGUCAUGUGUGCAUCAUCCCCUGAGAAAGUUGAAGUGUUGAUUCCACCUAGUGAGGCAGUCCCAGGCGAUCUAGUCUCUUGUGAAGGAUAUCCUCGAGAGCCUGAAGCUCAACUUAAUCCCAAGAAGAAAAUAUUUGAAACCUGUGCCCCUGAUUUGAAAACAAAUGAUGAAAAAGUUGCCUGCUACAAAGGCAAUCCAUUGGUAAUUCCAGGAAAAGGACCUGUAGUUGCACCCUCAUUAAAAGGAGUUAAUGUUAAAUGAGUAUUAGUUUUUUCACUUUACUAUUUAACACUGUUCAGUGAAUUUAUUUAUCAUAAAAUUAAAUGCUGUUAUACAA